AUGCUUUUCAAAGUCGCGUCGCUCGCGAGUUUGUUCGCGCUGACGACGGCCGCUCAGGUUGUGUACAACAGUAAUUUCACAAAGGGAUUUGUUCAAGAUAGCAACGGGAACUACUUCACACUUUCAGUACCUAUCAAACAGAUCUCCGCCUCAGACGUCCAGUCGCUGCUUACCCCCAUUUCUGCCCCGCCCGACAAUUCUCAGCUAGUUGUGACCGACGAUGGGACACUGAUGGCCGUUUGGGGCAACGAAGGAUGUAAAAACUCUCCUAUUUAUAUAUCCGAGUACUCUGAGUCCGCCGAUUCAUGGACUCAGAUCGCUCAGAGCUCGGGAAAUUGGUACCUGGAGGGCGCGGUCGUUUGGUGUGACUGGAGCGCAGAUGUCAUUUAUUACUAUGGCGGAGACUGCAAUGGUAAGAUCACUCGCGACUUUUAUGGCUAUAAUGUCUCUAGUGGCACUUUUGGUAAAGCGUCUGCCUCACCCAUGCCGCGUGAAAUGGCGUAUGCUCAAGCUAUCACUCUCGACAGAACAUCUACUGUCAUGGUUGGAGGCAAGGCAAAUAAUGGCUGGCUAUCCAUGCAACAGGUUGCGUUUUGGGAGUACAAGUCGUGGACUUACAGAUCUGUGAGCGACUUCUCUGGCAUAGACAGCAGGGACUCUCCACUUGUUUUGCCUUUAUGGUUAGCUACGGGUAAUGAGGCUCCGGUUGUUACUCAAUUGCUGGUAAUUGGCGGGACUGUAAAUAAUCGGGCGGCCAAACCUGAUUGUGUUAUGCUUGAAUUUAAUAACACCGACGGCUGGGCUUGGUCCAAGACCAGCAUUGACGCGGAUGGAUCAUUUCUUACACUCUAUGAUUCACUAGUGAACUUCCAAAACGGAGUCGUCAGUAUGUUUGAUGGGUCGUCUAAUUGGCAAAAAGCUCAGGUGAUUCCCAUUCCCUCCGCUACUGCCACUAUAUCCCCUGGCAGUUAUGGCAAAAGCGCUUCAAAAUUCAACACGGCCAGCAUCGCUACCCUGUCAACGGUUAUUCCGGUAAUUAUUAUUGUUAUUGCUCUCGGAGGUGGAUUUUGGUGGUGGCGGAAGCGCAAGCAACGACUCACGUUCCAACCGAGAACUGCCCAGCUGUCUUCCCCUGACAUGGCCUCUAUUGGCUUUGAUAUGCCGCCACAAUUCUCGUCACAGUUUACAUCGCCUUAUCGCAGUACGCAUAACGAAACUCUCGACGAAAACAACUCUGUCAGUGACGUUCAAUUUUUGGUGUCUAACCGUCGCCAAGCAUUGCGGGUAGUUAAUCCUGAUGCAGAGUCCAUUAACGACGUGGCGAGCCACAGACGUAACCGAAGUGGCCAGAGCCAUGUUUCGGGCCAUACGCGUUCCAAGUCCUCCUGCUCAAACAUUAUACGAUCUGAGACGCUCGAAAACCCUUUCGAUGAUAAAUUUGAUUUUGAACUCAAGUCAUGA